CUCACCGCUGCACAUGUUAAUGGGCUGAGGAGGUGUGUGAGAGUGUGUGAGUGUGUGCGCGUGCCUGCCGUGUACAUAUACAGGGGCCACGCUGACAGAGGCACAGUGCAAGGCUCAAAGAUCUGAGGAAGGCUUGGGACGCAGAGCACACCAGCAGCUUUUUAGGAGCGCUGCCAUGAGGACCCUACUGGGAAGCUUCUUGUCCUUCUGCUUGCUUGCCUGUGUGUUCAGCGACUGCCGGAAGGACUGCCUGAAUUGCCACAGACACUUGUACAACCACCAGAAUGACUUCAGCCUUCUUAUCUGUGUCAUGGAGUGCGAGGGGAAGCUAUUUUCCAGCGCUACCUGGGGCCUCUGCCACCAAGUGACCAGUGGGAUGGCCUCUUGGUCACUAGGCCUGGACAGCCUGGAAGAUGACCCGAAGCGGCCCUUGGAGAUCUGGGACGGAGGCCUGGUGGGAGGCAGAGGCCACCGCAAACGUCUCGGAGACCUGACCAGAGUGGUGGACCUCAACAAGGCGGACGGUGAGAAGCGGGUCUCCAAACUGGGCGGCCUCGUCCGCCCGUCGGAGGCAGAAGGAGGCACCAGCGAUGGAAGCCAAGGCCCGCUUGGGGGUUUGCCAGGCCGGCUCGAGAUUCCCAAGAGAAUGGGGGAUUUCCUGAGUGCGCCGUUCAGUUACGGGCAGCUGGCAGAGCCGGAGGUGCAAGAGCUCCAGAAACGAUUUGGGGGCUUCAUCGGCGUCCGGAAGUCGGCCAGGAAGUGGCACAACCAGAAGCGGUUCAGCGAAUUCCUGAAGCAGUACCUCGGCAUGUCCCCACGUUCCGUCGAGUACGACGACUCGGCCGACGACGGGAAGGAGCAGAACGAGAUCUAGACGGAUGGACUUCCUCUGGGUUGUUUUACUUUCUCGUCCCACCAACAUGUUGUGAAUUGGUUUCAGAUCUGCCGCGGCCAAAGAAGCCAACCUUGUUCCGCCUCUUCUCCUGUGCCCUCUUGAUCAGCC